UGUCCCCUCCCCACGGCGCCCCGGCCGGCCCCCGCACUUCCUCUGCCCGCCCUCGGCCCCCCACGCCCCUCCGCCGCCGCCGCCGGCGCGCGCCAUUCCGCGUCCAGCUCGGCCAUGGCCACCGCGGCGCUGCGGCCCGCCAGGGACUACCGGGUGGUGCUCCUGGGCAGCGUGGCCGUGGGCAAGACGGCGCUGGCCACGCAGUUCGCCUGCGGCCGCUUCCCCGAGCAGUGCGAGCCGUCGGUGGAGGACCUGUUCAGCAAGGUGAUCGAGGUGAACCGCGCGCCCGCGCUGCUGGAGAUCGUGGACACGGUGGGCGCCGAGCACCUGGUCACGCUCAAGGACCUGUACAUCAAGAACAGCGACGGCUUCGUGGUGCUCUACAGCGUGUGCAGCGAGGCCUCGUUCGAGGCGGUGCGGCCGCUGCGCGCGCGCAUGGGCCGGCUGCGGGGCGCCAAGGCCGUGCCGCUGGUGCUGGUGGGCACCAAGGCCGACCUGGACGCCGACCGCGAGGUGCUGCCGGCGCGCGGCUUCGAGCUGGCCCGCGAGUGGAGCUGCCCGUUCCUGGAGGUCACGGCCAAGAGCAAGAUGCUGGUGGACCUAGUGUUCACGCAGGUGGUGCGCGAGAUGGAGGCGCUGGCCCCGCGCCCGGCCGCCGUGGCCCGCGUGCCCCCGAGCGUGCAGACCUGGCCGGCCGAGCGCUUCAUCGGCUGAGCCCGCGCCCGCGCCCCCGCCGCCAGCGCCGCCCGCCCGCCCCCGCCCGGACCUGGACCCGGACCCGGCAGCCGCCUGAGUCCCCGGCCCCGCCGCCACCAGCCCCCCGAGAGUCGAGCCGACGUGGGAGAUGGGACGCGAACUGUUGAGGGUUAAGCGGAUCGUUCGCGUCCACACCCGCGGGGACCCGGCCUCUCCGUGCCUUCCAGAUGCAGCGCGCGCGCGCGGGGCCCGGCGGCCCCCUGCCCUGUCCUGCCCUGCCCUGCCCUGCCCUGCCCUGCCCUGCCCGGCCCGGCCGGCCCCCCGCUUGCGCUUGUAGCCCAGAGUCGAUUCUGGCAAAUAAAACGA